CGGAUCUCGUAGCUUCGCGAAUUUCUUGCAAAGAGAUUACGAACGUUCGAGAUCAAUGUUACGUAGAACUUUGCGUAGGCGAUGUUCGUUACGAUUAAGGGUCGAAAAAAGACGUUAGGGGGUUCGCGGAGGAAAAAUACGCGGUUUAAUUCGAAAGAUGGAUCGGCCGAGAUCGGGCAGUCGAGCGGUGCUUGUUCGGUGUUCCUCGGAGAACCGAGUCGAGCAGGACGUACGCCGGCAACCGGCAGUCGUUCGCCGGCCUCCGUGGCGUACACAUCAUUGUUGUUUAUUACUUUUAAUUCGCGUAUCGUUCUUUUCCUUGUAUUACUUUGAUCCCGUCACUUAUCUCUCUUCCUCUUUCUCUCGUUCAUACGUUUCUUUCUCGUCCUCGUUCCUCUCUCGCAGUUCGUUAUUCUACGUGUAUGCACGCGUUGCGCCUAAUAACCACGCGCAAUUCUUUUUCGCGAAGAAAAGAGCCAGCCGAUCCGCCCACGCCGUAAGUGUCUCUUUUCAUAGACAGACAGACAGAGAGAGAGAGAGAGAGAGAGAGAGAGAAAGAGAGAGACAGACAGACAGACAGAGAGAAAAAAGAACAAGUUUCAUUGGAUAACAUACGUUCCAUUAAUGCGAACGUCGUUCGCGUAGCACAUUUUUCGUUCGCUCGGUGCAGCACGUACGUGUGAGCGCGCGCGCGCGCGCCCACGACACUAGUGGCAUGAUCGAAGAAACUUCGAUUGUCAACGAUUGUUACGCAAAAUCGUACCUGCGGAAGUAAACAGUUUUUGGUGCAUUGUGAUAUGUGUUCGAUCUUAUACGAUUGAAAUAUCCUUCUUUCCUCGCGAGUGUUUAUCUACUGACAACGACGACCACCUGUCGCGCGAGCAACGCACGCGCCGCUCAGUGUCACAUUUGGAUUAAUCGGAUUACGCGGGAACGUGCAAGGGGACAUGUUUUUCUCCACGAGAUAGAUCUUCGCAAUAUAACAAGUGCGGACGCUGGACGUAGCGGCGACGAAAUGAAGCAUGCAGCAUGCGUGGUAGCGGUGUCACGGCUGCGCGGUCUUGCCUUCAACCUCUGGUGUCCGCCAGCCGCUACCUCGCUGUACACGCCCUUCCUGGUGAUCCUCUUUACUUCGUCGUCGAGGCUAAGUCAAGAGUGAAGGAGGUAUACGCGCAGACAUGUAUGCUUCUCGGUCAGCAGGGCAUGCGAGACUGCGAACUCUUCGGGCUGGCCAUAUUAUCCGAUGGCGAAUACCUUUUCGUGGACCCCGAUAAUAAAUUGAGCAAGUACGCGCCGAAGAAUUGGCGAAAUUCGCACACUUACGGUUUGGACAGCAGCGGAAGACCCGCUUUUAUACUUUACUUUCGUGUUCGUUACUACGUCGAUACGCCGUUGCUGUUAAGCGAUGAAACUACGCGACAUCACUACUACCUGCAGCUACGGGACAACGUCGUUAGACAUGGCGGCGGAGUGGAGAGUCUUCAUCCUCACCAUCCCCUUCACGAACCUUCGAUCGUUACGCCAUUGCUCACGCUCGCUGGGCUCGCCCUCCAGGCCGACCUUGGCGAUUACUCCGAAGAACGACACAGACCGCACGCUGGAUCCGUCGGCUAUUGCAAGCCCACGGAUUAUCUUCCUCCUCACAUGUGCCUCGAGUCGAGCGUACUCGCCGUCCUCGCAGCUCAACACAGAGAUAAUCGUGGCCUCUCGAGGGAGGAGGCAGAACUCCAAUACAUCCGGGAGGCGUUGUUGUUGGAGGCGCCGCUCAACGCUCACCUAUAUCGGUUGCGAAGAAGCAAAAACGAGGCUGGUCCAGGAAGGAUACUCCUCGCGAUUUGCGCUCGCGGUGUGCGAGUCUACGCCGAGGAGGAGACACCACGUAUCUUUGCCUGGAACAAUAUCGGCAAGCUGUGCUUCGACCGAAAGAAGUUCGAAAUACGUGCGGUCGAUCAACCGGACAAACUCACUCUCUACAGUGGUUGCGAUGACAAGAGCAAGUUACUUUUGGGAUUAUGCCGAGACACUCAUCAGUUUUCCAUGGCUAUAGCACCCAGAGUAAACGAAGCGAAAAGAAGAGAAGAGGAAGGUAUGUCUCGUCAUAUUUGUAUGAUGUUUGACGAUGAUUUCAAUUUUGUUGGAUCGUUUAUCACGAAUAAUUCAUUGGAUAUUUCAGAGAGAAAAGUGUUGAGAGAUUGUUACAUGUACCCUGCCCGUUGCAAAUUGAGCUUAACGACGCGUGGAGCACGUGGCGAUCAACGAAUAUCCGUUAUCUCGAGCACUUCGUCAAAUACAACCUCUGGUAUAGUCAGCGAUCGAGUUCACAGCGAAGAUGAGCCAGAUACAGCGCCAGCUUCGACUGAAUGCUUGCCUCGCCUCACCGAAAAUAGUUCUCAUCCGAGUAUUCAAACUGGAAUACCCAAUGGUAGCGAAACGAACACAGGUGAUCGUUCAGUACCAUCUCCGCCAAUGUCUAUCGUUGAUGAAGUCGAUGGUGCCGAAACUACGCCUUCAUCAGCAUUACGACUUGUUUCGAGUACAAACACUGUGGCUGAUGGUUCUCAGUGCAGCAGUAGUUGUAGUACAGUGGUCGUUGCAAAUGCACCUAAUAAUGGAGUUCAAAGAAUGCGUCGAGCUUCGGCCACAUCGAGUUUGGAGCUCGGUUAUUCUCAUACGGCUCAGAAUUCGGCUGUUUCUUCUGAAACUGCUAGUUUCCCGGGUGCUAUCUACGAUAGAUGCAGAAAGACUGGUAAAUAUACAGGUACAGACAUCGCCAGUGAAACGAGUGGUGUAUACACCUUGAGAAGUAGCGAGAUGCAGGACGAAAGAAUCGGCGAUAUUUAUUCGCCGACCAGUGGUACCAAUGAAUCCUCUGCGGCCAGCGACGUUUGCGCAUUGAGUUCCGUUCAAUCCACGACCGACGAGGCUUCCGUCACUUCAGGAUUUUACACGAUUCAUAGCGGUUUAAGAUCUGAAACGAGCGAUAUUUAUACGGACGAUAUCGGAACGGAAGAUCAAGAACCCAUUUACAGUCUUUGCAAAGGCGACGAAGAAGUUGAUAACGUAGUGUCGCUCGAUGGGAAACUCGAAGAUUCGAGAUCACGAAGCAACAGUAUAAUAAGCACGGGAAGUUUUAGAGGAGACGGUAGUGACCCUUCGAACGUUGGACCAUUGUUAUCUGCCGAUGAACUUUCCGAUUUAAUAGUGGGACGUUAUCCACCUCGCAAAACCAUCAGUAACUCGAUGGAUUCCGAUUGUGACUAUGUCACUAUGCCACCUCCACCUCCGCCACCUAGAACUGACAGUGACAGACAGCUGCCACCUCCUCCUCCUUACCCGGUAACGAUGGAUUAUUCGUCUAUACACUCGCCAAGAUCCAAAAUACCGAACGUCGAACGAGAACCACCACCCCCACCACCAUACAACGCCAGUCGAGCUGAUUUCACGGGUUUAACUUUAAGAAUGCCUAUGAUACCACCUCCUACACCGCCCAGAAACGACGCGGUGACGCCAAGAGAACCACCACCACCUCCGCCACCAUACCCCGAGAUGUCUGACAACAGCAGGCAGGAAACGAUCUCUACUCUCUACCCUACAGCAGUCGACGAGGACAUCGUUUCUCGAAUUGCUUCGUCGAAAAUGAAUGCAGUUAUCACUGGGAGCCACCCAAAUCUUUCGUGUAACGCAGGAAUUACCGAAGUACCGUUGAUCAUUCCAAAAGCUCCGCCUAGAAUACAACCGCCUACAUAUCCGGGUGAUAAGAUGAAACCUACACCGGUACACGCACCUGUCGCUGCUCUCGUGGUCGGUCCUAACAACUAUUUGGACGUUCAUGCUUCUCGCAGCGGUCCGGUAUUGCUACCCUACUUAGGUUCGCCACCACCGCCACCGCCGCCACCACCUCCGCCACCAUCUCCUCCACCACCGAUGCUACAUCCUAGACAACCACCGCCGCCACCACCUAGUUUAGCCACCGUUUACACCAGCCAAGUGGCUAGAUCACAAAUCGAACAGUACAAACAACAACUCUACUCGGACGUCGAUUACGUGAUGUUCCCGUUGAAGGAUCCAGCAGUUUCGAAGCAAGAGUACAUCGACGCGAAACAGGGAUCCCUAUUAGCUGCUAUGGCUGCUUAUCCACCUCCGCCUUAUCCCUCGUUCAACAACAAAUCAGCGAUCAUGUAUCGUAGUACUCCCUACCUCCCUGGCUCCUCUUUCUCGUCACCAACGAAAUACGCUUCCAAUCAAAAUCUCAGCACCAGCGACAAUAGUUCGAAUAGUUACUUACUACACAAUAGCUUGAGCAGCCCUUACGCUGCCAGUACGAGCUCCUUAUACAGCGGUGUCACGUGUUCCUCGACUGGUAGUCAGAGUCUCAGAAGAGAACUACCGACACUCGCUCAUCCUCACACUCUGCACGCGUUCUCUAGAACAAAGAGUGACGAGAACAUCUUGAAAUGCUUCGAUUCUCCGUCAGGAACAAAGAUGAAAUCUUUACCGCAUGCCAAGCAACAUCGUAGAUUGCCACCACCACCUCCACCGCCACCGUACGAGAUACAAAGUCUUGAUAAAAAUCAACCGUUACCAUCGUGCCCUGAAAACGUCGCAUUAAAAAAAAUAAUCAAGCCAUCGGCCGAAGAAGAACCCGAAGCUGGAAAGGAAGAUGGAAUGUUGGAUAUACGAACAUUGCGUGAGAAGAGUCGGAACUUGGAUCUUCCAUUGAUAUCUGCUCUAUGCAACGAUCGCUAUUUGUUAAAGCAGACUAAAGCAUUCGUGAUGCCGAAACAUCCUAGCGAAUCGAACUCGUCUGCUCUUGCUAAAAGCACUUCCAGAAAUGCCAAUGGAAUGGGAUCUUCCAAUAGGAAUAAAUACCCCGUAAGUGGAUUAUCAACGACACAGAUAACGAAACCACCGAGAAAGUCAUCGACGAGUACUCACAAACAUCCGGCUGAACCGAAGGGAAACGCUUAUAAGGUGAACACAACGUUGUCUGGGAAGAAAGA